AUGUAAAUAGCAAAACAAAAUAUAAAAACAACACCCUAGCUUAUCUCCGCUCUGAAGUUUGCACAAUGCUAGAAAUCCACGACAUUUAAACGGCAACCAAAUUGCGCAACUGGAGGACCACAACCCCCUGGACCACCACACCACUGUCCACACAGUUUUCCCGCCGGCGGCGUGUGCACACACUGGCCAACAGAUGCAGCGACUGACGAAAUCGUUACGUUUACUUUCGUUUGUCCAGGGAAAGACCCAUGCUUCUCCUGCGGCAACAGCAUGGAGUCUUUUUGGGAUCGCGAAGAGGGCGUACUCCUCAGAGCUGCCGGAUCCCGUGGAACUGAGCUUCGAUCUGUACACCGGUGAGAGCGCGGAAACGAGGCCACCAUUGGUAACCUAUCACGGGCUCUUUGGUUCCAAGCAGAACUGGCGGGGAAUCAGCAAGGCGCUGGUUCGGAAAGUCCCCAGAAAGGUCUACGCAAUGGAUGCCAGGAAUCACGGAGAGAGUCCGCACUCAAAUGUCCACAAUUCAAGGGCGAUGAGCGAGGAUGUUCGUCUGUUUCUGGAGCAGCACAAUUACCAACAGGCCGCCUGCUUGGGUCACAGCAUGGGUGGCAGGUCUAUGAUGUACUUUGCCCGGAAAUAUCCCGAGUUGGUGGAACGACUGAUAGUAGUGGAUAUAUCGCCCAUUAGCGUGCCGCGAUCGACUGGAGAAAUGACGGAAAUCUUCGAUGCGAUGGUCUCGCUAAAUCUCUCUCCAACUUUAUCCAUGUCCGAGGGGCGGAAAAUCGCCAGGGAAGCACUGCUAGAAGCCACCGAGGACGAAACCGUCGACUUUAUCAUGUUGAAUCUGCGUAAAGAUCCUGAUUCAGGGGUAUUUUCAUGGGCCUGCAAUGCGCGAGUUCUCCGAGAUUUCCUCACCCGCUUCGAUGAUUACCAGAGCAAUCUGGAUGAACUGCCUCCGUACACGGGACCAACCACUUUUAUCUGUGGAACGCGAUCAUCAUACAUGAGACGCGAACAGUGGCCACAGAUUGUGGAUAUGUUUCCCAAUGCCGAGAUUCACUGGCUGGAAGCCGGCCAUCUGGUGCAUUUCGAACAGCCGCAGGAAUUCAUAUCGUUGGUCAGCGAGUUCCUAAAUAGAUCCGAUUAGACAACCAAAAUUCUUUUGUUUUACAAAUUUGUACAAAGGAGUCAAUAAUAGAGAGGCUUUAGCUAACUGAA